AUGCUCGACCCCACUUGGCACGCGGAGACGGGCGUGCAGGUCACCUCCGCGUGCGGCGACGCGUUCGACGUCGUGCUCUCGGACGGCGCUCACAUCCUCAAGGUGGUGCUCUCGACCGCGCUCAACGAGCUCGUCUACUCGGGCCGGCUCGAGCCGCGCGGCGUCGUCACCGUCCGCGGCUGGGAGGCGAGGGCCGACGAGCGCGCCCUCUCCGCCUCGGCGCCGGAUCUGAUCGUCGUGACGCAGCUGGCGCCGAGGGACGGACUCACCUUUGCAGUCGCAGAGCCGGCGGCGGGAGCGGCGCCGCUCGCGAGGCCACACCGCGAGCCGCUUCCCCUGGCGGGGCGCCGGAGGCACUACCUCAAGCUCCGCUCCGACGAGGCGCUCAGCAGCCAGGCAGAGAUUGACGCGGUCGCAAGGGAUGGCGCGGAGCGGAGCUCCCUCAGCCACUGGGGCGGCCCGCACGAAAAGGGGGCGCAGAGCUUCGCGACGUGCUUUGAGCUCACCCUCGCCGACGCUUCCGGCGAGAUGGCGGUCGAGGCGACCAUUGCGCGCCACACGGCUGCCGCGCCUGCCGCCGCCGGCUGGGGUGAGCCGCGCCUGCCCACGCGCCGCAGGCCGGGCGCCGUGCUGAUGGUGCGCGACUACGCGCUGCGCGAGGUGGCCGGGGACGAGGGAGGGAAGCGGUUCGUCGCCAAGCUCAACCCGGCGAAGCACCCGAAGGUCCCCGGCAGGGUCGACGUCCUCACCGAGGCGCAGGUGCAGCAGCUCGACUCCCUCCUGCCCGGCCGAUUGCUGCCGCCGCGCCGCCCGCCCCUCUCCGAUGCGAGCGGCGUGCGGCGCAAGCUGGCGGUCGUGCACGCGGCGCAGCAGUACCUCGGAGAGGCGGAGGAGCUGGCCGACGUGAUCGGGCGCGUCGUCGCUUCGCUGCCGCCCUUCCGCUUCCGGCGGCAGCCCAACGGGGACCGCGCGUUCGUCCGCUUCGUGCGCGCGCGCUGGCUGCAGGUCCUCGUCGCCGACAGCGGCGGCGGAGGCGCUGCUCAGCUCCCUCUCCUCCUCCUCGAGCACCACUGCGGCGGGCCGGCCGGCGCGAGCGGCUUCUUCGACGGCGUCGCGCCGGGCGACGACGUGCUGGCACUGCUCAAGAGAGCGGGCGGGGAGGCGGCCGGCGCAGCUGGCGACGCGGUGCGGUGCGACUGGCGGCUGCAGCGGCCGCUCGUUCCGAUCCGCGACGUAGCUCGCUGCCUGGAGGAGCUGCACGGCGGCGAGGAGGCGUACGUCGUGCUGCGCGCCUCCGCGAGCCUCUCGCCGAGGGGGCAGCACCCGCCACAAGCCCCGCCACAAGCCCUCCUCGGCGUGGCGCGUCUCGAGUCGCCUCUCGCCGCGCAGCCCGUCCCGGUCGCCUUUGCGCUGGCCGACGCGGACGCCAAGGGUCGCGGCGGCGCGCUCUGGGCGGCCGUCGCUUCCACGACCUCGCUCGAGUCGGCAUGA